UAGCUAUAAGUGGAAUUCAUCAAAAAAAGAAAGAAGCUAUAAGUGGAAUGGCACUAAUCCAUCACUUCCCUUUGUCCCAUUUGUGCUCCUUAACACAUGACUUACCAAAAUAUGCCACGAAAAAAUCUCUUCUUAUGCACCACCACCACCACCACCACCAAUUCCGAUGCUUGGCAAGUGCACCAACUUCACAUGUCCAAGAUGAAAGACAAUCCGCCAAUUACCAGCCGAGCAUUUGGAGUUACGACUUUGUGCAGUCCUUAAAGAGUGAUUUUGUGGAUGAACCAUACGAAGAUAGGGUAAAGAAAGUGAAAGAAGAUGUGAGGAGUAUGAUUAAUAAUGAAAAUGCGGACUUAGUGGAAACACUUCAACUAAUUGAUGAUGUUCAACGAUUAGGUUUGGGGUACCGCUUUGAGAAGGACAUAGCAAGAGCCCUUGUAAAGUUUGCAUCUUCCAAAGGUUGUAACGUUAGAGUAGAGAAGAGUCUGCACGCUACUGCUCUCAGCUUUAGGCUCCUCAGACAACAUGGCUAUGAGGUUUCUCAAGAUGUAUUCAACAGAUUCAAGGACGAUAGUGGCAAUUUCAAGGAAUUCCUCAGAAAGGAUGUUAAAGGAAUGCUCAGUCUAUAUGAAGCCUCAUAUCUUGCUUUUGAAGGAGAAAAUCUCUUGGAUGAGGCCCUGGCAUUCACAAGAAUGCAUCUCAAGGACCUCAAAAGGGAUGUAAGUAAAAGCAUCGCAGAACAAAUUAGUCACGCAUUGGAGGUUCCAUUGCACCAUAGAAUGCUAAGGCUGGAAGCUCGAUGGUAUAUUGAGGCAUAUAGUAAGAGGGAGGAUGCCAAUGGUGUUCUACUUGAACUUGCCAAGUUGGAUUUUAACAUUGUGCAAUCAGUACAUCAAACUGAGCUUCAAGAAAUGUCGAGGUGGUGGAAGGGUAUGGGUCUAGCAAACAAGUUGAGCUUCAGUAGAGAUAGACUGAUGGAAUGCUUCUUUUGGACCGUUGGAAUGGCCUACGAACCUCAAUUCAGUCAUCUUCGUAAAGGGUUAACGAAAGUGACUUCUCUUAUAACCGCCAUUGAUGAUGUCUAUGAUGUUUACGGUACUCUGGAUGAACUGGAGCUAUUUACUGAUGCCGUUGAAAGAUGGGAUAUCAGUGUGGUGAAAAAUCUUCCCAACUGUAUGAAAUUGAGCUUCCUAGCUCUCUAUAACACAGUUAAUGAGAUGGCAUAUGACAAUCUUAAGGAGAAUGAAGAAGACAGCCUUCCAUACCUAACAAAAGCGUGGGCUGAUAUGUUAAAAGCUUUCCUACAAGAAGCAAAGUGGAGUUACAACAAAGAUGUGCCAGCAUUCAGGGACUAUCUUGACAAUGCAUGGGUAUCAGUAUCUGGGGUUGUCAUACUAGUUCAUACUUAUUUUUUAUUGAACCAAACUGUCGCAAAGCAAGCACUUGGGGACUUAGAAAAAUACCACGAUCUCUUACGUUGGCCAUCCAUGAUUUUUCGACUCUCCAAUGAUUUGAGUACUUCCGCGGCAGAGUUAGAGACAGGUAAAACUGCAAAUGCAAUCCAUUGCUACAUGCGUGAAACUAGUCUUUCAGAGAAACGUGCUUGCAAAGACAUCAGAAAUAUGGUUGAUAGAACUUGGAAAAAGAUAAAUGAAGAGCGAGUAGCUGAUUCUUCAUUUGGAGAACCGUUUGUGGAAAUAGCAAUCAACCUUGCUCGGAUUGCCCAAUGCACAUACCAGUACGGAGAUGGGCAUGGGGCCCCAGAUGAGAGAGCGAAGAACCGAGUAUUAUCAUUGAUGAUAGAACCUGUUUCACCAAUUUAGAGAUAAAAUAUGUGUGGCCUAUGUCUGAGCUUAAGAUAAAAAUUGUAAUCUUAUCGAUCGGCCCAAGUCAAUAGUGGCUACGAAAUGGGUGCUAGAGGGUGCGGUGGAUGGGGUGUGGGGUCUAAUAUUUGUUCUUUAUGUUGAGAAGUUAAAUAAAUAAGGACAAGAGUAUCUGGGGUUCAUACUUCAAAUUGAUUAAGUUUGAUUAUUGCCAAGUGCUAAGCAAUGUGGCCUACGCAACAAAUGGAAAAGACAUUUAAACUACUAGAUUGAUGAAUGUGGCCUAGAUUGAUGAA